CGGCUGGGGUAACAACACUAAACCUAAGCAUCAAAUGAGGCUGUUAUAAUAGUGAUCCGACGAGUAAUAUCACUCAUAAUUUAAAGGUGUGAGUGUCGAGCAGGAACCAUGGGGGACAAAACAGCUCCCGGGUCGUCCCUGAGACUGGAAUGGGUAUAUGGAUAUCGUGGCCACCAAUGCCGUAGUAACCUCUAUUACACAGCAAGUAAGGAGAUCGUGUAUUUUGUAGCGGGCGUGGGAGUGGUCUACAAUACCAAGGAACAGAGUCAGAAAUUCUUCCUUGGCCACGAUGAUGAUAUUAUUAGCCUUGCAUUACAUCCUGAACGAAGCAUGGUAGCUACUGGACAGAUUGGAAAAGAACCAUACAUAUGUGUUUGGGAUACUUACAAUGUACAGACAGUAUCGAUACUAAAAGAUGGACACCAGAAUGGAGUUGCUGCUCUCAGUUUUGAUCCAGAGGGAAUGAGAUUAGCAUCAGUUGGUCUUGACAACCAUGGUACUAUCAAUGUAUGGGACUGGAGAAAAGGAAAGAUACUGGCAACUACCAGAGGACACACAGACAGGAUUUUUGAUAUUCAGUUUAACCCAUACAAAGAAAACAGUAUCGUCACAUGUGGUGUCAAACAUAUCAAGUUUUGGACGUUAUGCGGCAAUUCAUUGACAGCUAAGAAAGGAGUAUUUGGUAAAGUAGGAGAGCUGCAGACUAUACUGUGUCUGGCCUUUGCACAGGAUGAUAUAACAUACUCUGGUACAUUGAAUGGUGAUAUCUAUGUAUGGAAAGCCAAUAAUUUGCAAAGAAGUAUACAAGGUGCUCACUCAGGAAGCAUCUACACUAUAAAUGCAUCUGAUGAUGGCUAUUCCACAGGUGGUAAAGAUGGAUAUGUUAGACUAUGGGACUGUGAUUUCAAAUCUAUCACAAAAAUAGACUUGACAGAUUCCAAUGAAGGAUAUCAAGGUGUGUUCAGUCCUGACAGCAAAACUUUGGCAGUUGGAUCUGAGGAAGGUACAGUUGAUUUUUAUGACCUUACACAAGGACAGUCAUUACAGAGAGCUGGCUACUGUAAAGGAAUCCCAAGUUUUGUAUUUCAGUUGGAUUUCUCAGCUGACAGCAAAUACAUAGAGGUGGGCACUGGUGCAUAUGAAAGGCUUGUCUAUAAAGUACCAAGUGGAAAUGCUGUUACCGAUAAAAAUAUCAUCAGUAAGAUUACCUGGGCAUCAUGGACAAGUGUUUUAGGUCAAGAGGUGAUAGGUAUAUGGCCGCGUAGUGCAGAUAAGGCUGAUGUGAAUACUGCACAUUUAGCGAACACAUGUAAUGCAUUGGCAACUGGCGAUGAUUUUGGAUUUGUCAAACUAUUCCAAUUUCCCAGUGAUCAGAAAUAUGUGAGUAUACCAGUACUAAAAAAAAUGUCAUUCUUAUAA